AUGAGUACAACAUCAGACACAUACGCGUGCAGUGCUUGUACAUUGAUUCAGUCUAUAAAACGAUCAAGAUGCGAAGUGUGUAAUGAGCCUAAUCCGAGUUUUUCUAACUUAAACUAUGGAUCCAAUACAGACUUAUCAGCAGCGGCAGCAGCAGCAAUUUAUGAUUUGCAUACAGAGAGCCAAGUUGUUCAAUGCUUUCGAUGUAAUUAUAUUAAUAUUGGUAGCCAUAUUCGAAUUUGUGAAGGCUGUGGGGAAAAUCCUAGUGACACCAAUGGUUUAUUUACAAAUUUUCCUAUGGACUAUAAUAAUGAAACUAUUGGGGAUCAAAACAACAAUAGGAAAUCUGACUUUGACUCUGAUGAUAGUGGAAACGAGGUUCUAAUGUUGGAUAAUACUCAUAAGUCACAAAAAAAUGAUGAACCACAAAAAAUAGCUUCUGCUGUAGAAAAAGGAAUGGAUAAUAAUCAGUUAGUACCUUAUUUUAAUCGAUAUAUUCUAAUAUUGAGCGAUCAACAACAUCAAAAGAAAUCAUUUGCAGAAGAGUUUUUAUAUGAGUGUAUGACUGAUAUUUUUGAGUCACUUGAAUACAAAAACGAUCAAUCAGAUGGCCAAUUAACCUUUUCUGCUUGUCAAAUCUGUUAUGAUGAAGAUGUACCAAUGGUUACUAUGCAAGCGUGUGGUCAUCGUGUAGUUUGUAUAAAAGAUUUCAAUCAAUAUUUGUCAGUACUUAUUCGUGAUGGAAAUAUUCUUCCAUGGAUUCCAUGUCCAGCUGAAACAUGUUUAGUUCCCUGUCAUGUAAAAAAUAUAAUUGAAGAUGGUGGUUUAACAUAUUCUGAGUUACUCUCGUUUCUUACAACAUAUAUGUUAAAGAAGUUAUCUCGUAAUGAGAACUUUAUUACAUGUAUUCAAUGCGGAAAAGGUGGUUUUCUUCAGGUGGGUCCACCAAAAAAACAAAAAGUUCAAUGUCCUAUAUGUAAUGAAAAACAAGUAAUAGAAAAAGGUGUCGAUGGAGAUCUUGAUGCUGAUUUUAAAAAAAUGAUUAAAUCUGGAGAAUUACGAGAGUGUCCAACAUGUCGUCAUUUGACAUUAAAAGAAAAAGGUGUAUGUAAUGUAAUUCAAUGUGCUAAAUGUGGAGUUUGGUGGAAUUGGAAAACUAGAGAACAAGGACAUAGUGAAAGCGAUUUAAAACAACGUGCUCGAAUGAAUGGAACACUUUGGGAACCCGGUGAGUUAAGAUAUCAACAAGAAUUAGAAGCGCGUAAUCCGAAAGAAUUUCAAGCUUUAUUAGAAAGAAAUGGAAUUAAAUAUGAUCCUAAUUAUAUACGAGGCGGUUGGGGUAAUCAAUGA